GCAUUCAUGCCAUAAGGGGUAAACAAGUCAUUAUGCCCUUCUAGAACGCCCGCCGUUAGCAAAAUUCGAAAUUUGAAAGAUCGCCGCACCUGCUAAAGAUCUUAGUUAGAACCGCUUAUGUUUUUCAUUUGAAAAUUUUGCCAAAUUCACUUCUCUCUUUACCGCAUGUAAAACCGCUCUCUUUUUAUUUAUUUUGUGAUGCACAGCACUGAUUCACCCCAACCCUAGCCUCUUCAGAACACCAGUUUUGCAUUUGUCCCCUUCAAGUAGAUCUUGUUUCUUAAAGUUUUCAGAAGAAAUACGAAACAAGGGAAAAAAUGCCGGAGUCACGUGACAGAUUUGUGAGGCCAGUUGAUAUUGCGACCGUCUUUGCUCAAAAAAGGUCUGGAACUCUCGGAAUCCUCAGAGACGAACCAGAACAGAGUUCAGAUCAAUUGGAAUCUGCAGUCACUCGACUGGCCAAUACAACGGCGGCACGUGGACAAUCGAUAGGUGGUGGUUUGGGGACCCCGAGAAGCGCUUUCGGGCAUAGAAGAAGAAAUGUGUACGGAUUUACAUCGGCGACACGUGGACUAAUGGGAAGAGAGAAUGCGCCGACAGGAAGUACUCGUAGAGGAUCUUUUGCGUUGCCUGCUUGGUACCCGAGGACGCCUCUGAGGGAUAUUACCGCUGUUGUGAGGGCGAUUGAAAGGAGAAGAGCUGGCUUGGGAGAAGUUGAAGGCCUGGAAAGUCCAAUGUCACAGGAUCAAAGGGUAGUUGACCGACUUAGGCCACUGUCAGGUGCUCAGCUAGAGCACGAUACUUCAGUGUUGUCCCCAAAUCCACCCUCUGUUAGUAAAGUGCCUAAGAUUUUGCUUGAUAUCACAAAUCAAGCUGGUGGAGAGUUAGAGUCUGUAACACCUCAGCAGAAAUUAUUGAAUUCAAUUGACAAAGUUGAAAAAGUCAUAAAGGAGGAAUUGAAUAAACAGAAGAGGACCCCAAGUGCUAGGAAAGCUGAGAGGGAGAAAAGGGUUCGUACAUUAAUGUCAAUGCGGUGAUUACUCUAAUUCCCCAGCAAUCAGAUUUCGGAAACAGCAGUGGCCAGAAACCGGACAAACUAGAUUGGGCCCUGCAGUGAGAUUGAUCAUCUUCUGAUGAUCAUUAUUAGCUCUUUAGACAUUGGUCAUCCCAUGAUGAUAUCUUGUUUUUGUUUUUUAAAAUAAUAAAUUAUGUACACAAACAAUGAACAUAAAACCUGUAUACAAUCGAUGACGUAUCACAUGGUGCAAUUAUGUUCAAAUAAUCCUCCAUUACAUGGUUUGUGCUUGUGUUUGCACAAGUUUAUAUUC